CACCACAGAAAAAACUACCAAAAAAAGGCCACCACAGCUGCCCAUCUCAGUCAGGCCGGCAACUACCUUCACAUCCUGCCAUGCGCGUACCCCAUACCCUCCGAAAACUGAAUAAUGUCAGGUUAAAAAACCAUAUUUACACAGGCUCUUUUUCCAACCUGCACCUAUCUGCAAGGAGGAGCAACAGGAACAAAAAGAGUGACAGCUACCACCCCUUUCCACUCCCAUCAGCUAUCAACGCCAUCCCUCCUUCUCCCAUUUCCCAACUCCCGUUCCCUACCAGCCCUUUACGCGGCUCAUGGUCCCAAACGCCUACCUCCUCCAUUCCUGCUGCCUCCCUUGGUCAACUUCAAAAACUCCUUCAACCUUAUUCUGGUGAAAAGCCUGAAUCAAUCAGCGCCAGUACCACUGGCGAGAUGUUGAGCAUCCAACAUGCUGAAGCUGUCUGGCUCCUCUACUCAAGCUUUCCACAAGCAUACCGCCGGACCUUUCCUCUCUCUGUCCUCCAUCAAACAUUCCGCCAAGUCGUCCCUCGAUACUCGGAUAUCAAAAUCCUUAUUGGCAAUCCACGCACCCGUAACCCGAGUGUCGUGAGAGAACAUCGAAGAAAAGUUAGAAAGCUGGCUGCGGAGUGGGAGAUGAGGUUGAGGGUUGUUGCUGGGGAUAUCCUUGCCCCCAGGCGAAAUAGUGCGAGGCAAGAAGGAGAAAAGAAGAAAGAAGUGUUGCAUACCCCUGGAGUGCUCACGGGUGGUCUUCGAAAACUUUCAAUAUUAGGCGACAAAACGGGAUGCGAAUCGAUUCUUCUCGAGCUCAAAUCCCGUUUUCCCCCUUCCCUUUCCUCUUCUUCUAGCGAUGCCGCUUCCUCAUCACUCCCGACGGUUUCUCCCUCCGAAUGGCGGACCCUUUACGACUACUCCCUCCGCUCCGUCGUCCGCUGGCUCUCGCUCAACAUUUACCGUGCUCCCACAGCCCAAGGCGAGAUUCUUUCUGCUAUCUCUUCCCUUAAACGUCUCAUCAGCGGUAUGCAAUCCCAAGGUGUCCCAGCCGGCGAGCAAACGGCUUUGGUCCUCCUCGACGCUGGACGAUACACUUCUUCGCCUGCUGCUGUCCAGGAUCAAAAAGUGAGAGAAGGGUUUGAAGAUCUUACGAGGGUGAUUUUGGGAGGAGGCUACGGGAUUAAGAGGAGGGAUGUGGGUGGAUUGGGGCUGGGCUGGGAGGGAUUGAAAGUGGAGUUACCGACGCAAGUUAAAUUGGCGGUGAUUGAGAUGAUGGGCCGGGAAGGAAAUCUGUGGGGGAUGAUUACAGCUUUUGAGAAGAUGUAUCCCGAUCUUUCGGUUCCCUCUCCCGCCCCCGCGUCAGCCACCACCCCCACUUCCACUAUGAUGGCUACCUCUGCCUCUGUGGUCGGAGAGUUCCAAGAAAACAUGAUGGAGGCUGAAGCGACGACGGCAAAGUUGACCCCGGAAGAAGUAAUAGAAGAGGAGAUCCCGACGUUGAGCAGUAUGAUGGCCAAAGAACGGGCUGCAAGAGCUGAGAGGGAUUGGUUAGGUCGGGUGCGUCAUUCCGACACAGAUGCUUCAGACAUCUCUGCCUCGACAUCUGCAAACACGGCGAUAUUAGCAGAAUCAGCAGAAUCAGCAGAAUCAACAGAACCAGCAGAAAUGGUGGAGCACGAACCAUCUUAUCGUCGUUCCUUUUCAACAUACUUACCAUCUAUCCCCAUGCCUCUCUCUCUUCUUCCCUCCUCCUCCUCAUCCUCCUCGGAACCCGCGCGCGCGUGCGUCAACUUGGCCGACUUUGACGAUGCCAACUCAAUCCCACCCGACUACAUGAUCAAAACCAUGCUUCAUUACAUCUACCUCCAUCGUCACCCUGACCCUGAGGCUGUUUUCCACGGCGGACGAGGACGACCAAAUGUGAGAGAGAUGGGGUUGUACGUGUGCAGAGCAGGAUUGAGGUUUGCAGCGUUGGAGCAAGUCCGAUGGUUAAGCCAAAUCGUCACCACUUUCUUUUCUUCUACUCUCGAUUCCACUUUUUCUCGCCCUACCCUCAAAAUCACUCAACCGAGAAUCCACCCCAACCCGCUUUGGUUCAACACCGCCCUCCGAAUUGUCCUCUCUUCAGCUGGCCGUAACAAGAAAGCUAUCGGUAAAACAGUGGUGUUGAAGGAGGAGAUUGAAACACUUGAGAGACGGUUAGAAGAGGAGAUUAGGGUUUUGGAAAUGUUGAGGACGAGCGGAGCCAACGCCGCGAACGUUGUGAACGCGAGCGCCACUGGGGAUGAGAGCUCUGUGGACACGUCAGAAGGGCAGCUAAACGACAUAACCACUUCUACACCCUCCCUCACCCCAAACAGCAACAUUAACAUUGACAUCCGAACCCAUCUCGAAUCCCUGCAAACCAAACUCGACCAACUAGCGAGCCUGAAAGAAGAAAUCCAGCAUAGGCAGGAGGUGGUCCUCGCGGGAAAGCGCAGAGCGAAAGAUAGGGCUGCUGAAGCUCAAGCUAUUGAGGCUGCCGAAACUCGUGCGUUAAUCGAAGCGCGGGCCGAUGAGGCUGUGGCGGCGGCGGGGAGUAAGAGUGAGACGAAGAUGAAGGAGAAGGAACAAGGAAGGGAAGUGGAUGUGAGUGGGGUAGCGCUUGGGUAGAACAGAGACGAUGAGCUGAAGUGAAGUAGUGUUAGAAAAAGGGGAAAAUCAGUGCUUCCAUCUUGCAUAAGGGUGUAUAGAGAUGUAUCGUAUAUCGUGCUUCUUGAUCGUAUUUUCUAUA